GUCAAACAAAAACCACUGAAGAUCCACCAGGAGUCCCGGUCUCGGUACCACCCCGGGCCGCAGGGGGCGCUGUGUCUGCGCUGUCAGGCUCUGAGCCAACCGACCCGGAUGUUAGGCGGAGCAGCAGCUGGCUGCAGGAUGCACGAACAGCUGUUACGCUGAAAACAAACCAAACGCACCUUUUUAUUGGCGCUAAUUAAACCCCGCAACGACGUGCGCGGCGGGCAGGCGCGCGUGCACCGUGUCCAAUCGAUGCGAAACUAUCGAUUAGGCUCGUGGCAGAAGGUGAUCGGCAGUUUUCCCGCUCGCGGACGGAGUUUGAUGUAAAAUGAAUCAUCAGAGAGAGAGAGAGGAGCUGCUGGGUGGGAGAGACACGGCGCUGAUGCUAAGCUAAUAGGCUAAUAAACGUUAUUAACAGCUGACUCAGUGACGCAACAUGGACUCUCUGCUCGACUUUGAGGAGUGCAUCAAAGACUCACCUGAGUUCAGACUGAAGUUGGAGAACUGCGAGGCGGAUGUUUCUGUACUGGAGACACAACUGGACAAGGUGAUGAAGCUGUGCAGUAAGAUGGUGGAGGCAGGACAAGCAUACAACACAGCUAAUCAGCUAUUCCUAACCGGCCUGGCUGAACUCUCCAUGCACCACAAGAAGGACGGCGUCAUCACUAACUGUCUGAACCAGUUCAACCAGGGCCUGCAGGAGAUGGUCAGCUUCCACACUAUGUUGUUUGAUCAGACUCAGAGAGCCAUCAGCCAGCAGCUGACCAACCUCUGUACACAGUUUCUGCCCCAGCUGGUGGAGACCAGGAGGGAGUUUGCUCGGAUCGGAGAGGAUCUGGAUACGGCGGCGGUGAAGAACGCUCAGGUGUCUCGCCACAAAGCUGGCGAAGCCGAGCGGGCGAGUCAUCUGCUGCUCGCCACACGCAAAUGCUAUCAACACUUUGCCCUGGACUACUGUCUGCAGCUCAACACCUUCAAGACUCAGCAGAGACUCGACAUCUUAAACUCUGUGUUCUCCUUCGUCCAUGCUCAGUUCACCUUCUUCCACCAAGGCUUCGACCUGCUCAGGGACCUGGAGCCCACCAUGAAAACGAUGGCAGCCCAGCUAUCGCAGUUAUCAACAGAUUGUGCAGCUAAAAGAAAAGACCUGGAGAACUCACACCUGCUGGUCCAGCAGAGAGAUGCUUCCGGAGAGCCAUUGGUCAGCCCGUGUCCCGAGAGUGAUGACAUCAUCCAGGGUUACCUCUUCAAACGCUCCAGGAGGAAAUCCAAAACCUGGAAGAGAUGCUGGUUUUCCAUCAGAGACAACCAGCUCUUCUACAGGAAGUCACACAAGGAGGAGAACGUGGUUCUGUUCGAGGAUCUCCGACUGUGUGCCGUGAAAUCUCUGGAUCACAUCGAGCGGCGGUUCUGCUUUGAGCUGCUCUCCGUUCAGAAAUGCUGCGCGCUGCAGGCGGACUCGGAGCAGCUGAAGCAGGCCUGGCUCAGCGCUCUGCAGGGCAGCAUCGACCUCGCCUACAGGGAGAGAGCCGCUCAGCUCACACAGCCUAAAGAGCUCCCCCCUCUCCAGUGUGGUGGGGACUCCUCGCCGGGCCCCCCCGUACACAGGCCGCCGGCGCUGGGCGUGGCCCUCGGGGGUCCCGGGAACCACCAGUGCUGUGACUGUGGGGAGGAGGAGCCUCGCUGGGCCUCCAUCAACCUGGGAGUCACCAUGUGCAUCGAGUGCUCCGGCAUACACAGGAGCCUGGGUGUUCACCUGUCCAAGGUGCGAUCUCUCACUCUGGACUCGUGGGACGCUGAACAGCUGAAGCUGCUGUGUGUUCUGGGAAAUAAUGUCAUGAACCGGAUCUUUGAGGCGAGAUGUUCAGAGGAGGGACGAGUCAAACCCAGAACCAACAGCCCGCGAUCGGAGAAAGAGACGUGGAUCAGAGAGAAAUAUGUGGAGAAGAGAUUUGUACAGAACGCCAUCUCAGACGGAGCUCAUGCUGGGCUGCGUUUGUAUCGGGCUGCGUUGGCGGGAGAUCUGAUUGCCAUGGCUGCGGCGUUGGCGCAGGGAGCGGAGGUCAACGGGAGCCUAGCCGAGGAGGAGGGACGCACGCCGCUGAUAGGAGCUGCUGUCGGGGGGUCGCUGUUGGCCUGCGAGUUCCUGCUGCUGAACGGGGCAAAUGUCAACCACCGAGACCUGAGAGGACAGGGAGCGCUGCACGCCGCUGCCACCGCUGGACAUACCGGACAGGUGUGUCUGCUUCUGAAGAGAGGAGCCAAUCAGUACGCUGUAGACGAGCGAGGACAGGACCCAUUGGCCAUCGCUGUGGAAACAGCCCACGCUGACAUCGUCACACUACUGCGGAUGGCCAGGAUGAACGAAGAGAUGAGAGAUUCAGAAGGAGUCUUUGGAGCUGUGGGAGACGACGAGACGUUUCAGGACAUCUUCCGUGACUUCAGCGACAUGGCGUCACACGACCCGGAGAGACUCACCAGACGGCAGUUCAGCCGGGGGGGAGAGGAAGAGGAGGAGGUGGCGGCGACGGAAGAUGGAGGAGGAGAAAUGGUGAACAGCAAACACCAUGCUGAAAAGACGUCAGAAUGACCCGUUGGACCGCAGACGCUCUGUAGACCACUGGAACCGCCUGAAACGGCAACUUUAAUGUUUAGAAGAGUCGACAGACAGCUGACGUCUAAAAACCUGCUGAACAUAUAGGAUGUAAUAAUACGGUGUAGUAUAUAAAUAUAACAGUGUUAGUACACACAUACUUUAUAUGUACAGUUACUGCGGUGACAGAGGAGGAGCUAAUGUUUACUUUUAUCAGAAAUUAAUCUGCAGAUCAUUCUCUCCGUUCAUCGUUUUGGUCCUUCAAAUUUCAGAAAAUAGUGACUGGAUCUGUCCAGAAUGGGAACAUGUUCACUAUCGUGUUAGAAAGCAGAAGAAAUGAAUCAUUUUUCCACCACUGGCCCGUCAGAGUUUAGUGGCCCCCGGGGGAUAAAAUAAAAUAAAAAAUGUUUUCACAACACUUUAUUAAUCGUACAAACAUUGUAACAAUUUAAAUUUUCUUCUUAUAAUUUACAUUUAUUCAUGUAGCUGACGCUUUUAUCCAAAGCCUAUACAUACAUACUAGACAAGGCUCACAGCGGGGGAUUGAACCUGGGUCUCUCACACCAAAGGCAGGCGUCUUAUCCACUGCGCCAUCACCACCUAAUCAGAUAUUUAAAAUUUACAUGUUUUGAUGUGAGUCUCUUGCUGUUUGUUUCCGCAUAUUUAAAAACACAAAAGGUAAAGGAGGGACAUGUCGCAGAUAUCGAUUGGCGUUUACAGUAGCCAGUAGCUGAAUGUGCGUUACGCCCCCGCCACGCAGACUCUGUGCGGACCACCAUGAUGUGGACCGGUUCCAGCUCCCAGUGAGUGAACACAGCAGCCGGACCGGGACCGACAGAGGCCAGUUUGACGACAGGAAAUACAGGACCGAGGUGGUUUUCUUGCCGGGUCAGAAAAUGGGUCCGCAAGCUGCAAUGCUAACCGAGCUAACUAGCUACAGAUACAGACCGAUAAUGUAGCCUACGGUUAGCAGCAACCCUGCCUCACUUCACCUGAAGGAGGAACCUUUUUAGUUCACACGCGUCCUCGCGACAUUAUGCUAGCGUAGCUCCCCCCUGCUGGACGUCUUACUGCUCAGUGGAAUGUUGCAUCAUGGGAGAACCGCGUCCAACAACUGCAGUUCCCACAAAUAGAUUUGAAAUUUGAAUGCGCAGUAAGACAGUAAACAUGGUGAACAUUAUACCUGCUAAACAUCAGCAUGUUGUUGUGGUGAGGCAUUAGCGUUUAGCUCACAUAUUCCCUCAGAAAACAAAGUGAAUUUUCGACACGCGUUUGACCUUUUUUUGUGUUCUCGUUACUCGUGCCCGCGAUAUUUGCUCUUAAUACAGCAAUAUGGACCCAAAAUAAACAUUUCAAUGUGAUUUAGUUGCAAUAAACGGGUCAAAAUUAUGCCGAAAUAAUGAAAUUAUGAUGCUGAAAUGUUAAACAUUUCCUGCUUUGUCAGGUCCGUCUGCAAGAUGACAAGCAAACAGUUUUUAAAAUGCUUAUUUUCUGAAUGGAGUUUGGAUCAGUCAGUGCUGUGCUAUGAGCUCUGGGUGCCCAUAGACAGCUACAUUAACAACAGUGGAGGUCGGAAACUCGCUGCCGCAGACAGGUUCAGAAGGGUGAAUGAAGAUCCCCAAAUUUAAAAACAUUAUCCGCCAAUAAACAGCUCCGGAUCAGAGCAGAAUCCGGCGCCGCCCCCUCGCCUCGCCUCCACAGCUCCCCAUCACUUUUCAAUGCGGAACACGAGUUUCGCUUCCUUUGUGAUCACGCGGUUGGUUUGGUUACAUUUCUGUUUACAGACAGAUUAAACAAAUAAUAUAUUUACGUGUUAUUCAGCGAGCUUCAGACAGCCGGGCCAGCUGUCUCCACAGUCCUUAUGCUAAGCUAUAUCGUCAUUUCAGCGCUACAUAACCGUAAAUACUCACAUUGUUACCGUGAUCAUUGUUUCAAUGAAUUCAGUUACUGUCAAAACCUCGUACCUGUUUAACACCUCUGAUGAUGUCAUGAGGGAGGCGGUCAGUGUGUGCAGUUUAAUAAAAGCAUUAUUAUUAUUAUUAACACGUGAAUAACUCAGGUCAGCAAUGUGUCUGAGAUCCUGAAGCACAUUGUGGACGGUGGUGAAAGCUCUGGCAACAGCUCAGAAAACAGGAAGUACUGCGGCAGCCAUUCACUGUAGUUAUAUUAAGUAAUCAUCUCUCUGUUUUAACGUGUUAGUGGCGGGGUCUGCCAUUCAUUCAGAUUGCAGGUUCACUGUUUGUAAUUUGAUUUCACAGAUACCAGCUUCAACCAAACUUGCUGCAAAUUUUGACAGAAUUUACAAAAAGAGGACGAGGCAAGAUAACGUAAUUUAAAGAGCUACAGUCGAAUCUUGAACGACCGUGUUUGUUGAUUUUAUGUGUUCAUGUGAGGAAGGUUACAGCCUCCUAAUCGCUCCGCACAACAGGGAAAUCCUUUUUUGCGAUAGGUUUUCUUGUUCAAAUUGAAAAAAAUAUAUCUGAAAAUCUGAAAAAGUUGGAUUAGCUAACUGCUAAUUAGAGCCCGACCGAUGACAAUUUAAAAAAUUAGACCGAUCUGUCAAUCAUGUUGGUGUCGUUGCAUAGUUUGUCCACCAGAGGGCGCUCUACAACACGUGUUUGAAAUGUCACACAACACAGUUGUACCAUUUAAAAAGUCUAUUUUUAAAUUGCAGUAUGUCGUGUUGUCUUGAUGUCUCAUAUCGACACAAAACAAAUGUUGGGGAGAAUCUUUGUUUACGUGUUUCUGAAAAGAAGAAAAACAAAAAGGUUAUCGGCCAAUAUAUCGGAAUAUUGGAUUUUACAAAAACCCUCAUAUCAAAAUCUGUACGACGUUUCUGAUUUGGUAGUUAACGGAAACUCGGGUCCAGAUUAAAAACUCCAAUGCCUAGAGCUUCAAAUCUGGACUAGAUAAACUUUGUCCUUUUUUAAAUUUUCACAGAUAGAAUAAAGGUUUCACAAAUCUGAAACUGCGCUAGGCAAAGUGGUUUUUGAUCUGGACCCGUUUCUCUAACUGCCUGAUCAGAAGCUAACUUCAGCGUUGUAAAAUCGCUAACUGUCAGGCUCUACUGCUAAUGCUAACCCAACAUUUCCUACUGCUGCUGCUUCACAUUAAAACACUUCAACUGGCUUUUAUUGUGAAGCAGCCACAGGAAGUACAAUGUUUUCGUCACGUAGGUCAGCGCUGACCGCCACCGUUGUGUGUCACUGAAACCUGGAUUUAAUUUUAGAACAACCAAGAGCUCAAAACCUGCUUAGCAUUAGCUUAGCAUAAUUUACAAGGUGCCACCCCCAACAGUUGUUAACUGUACUAAAAAUCGAUGCAGCAGAACCAGAGAUCUGUUUUUAAUCCCACACGUUCGUAACAACGUGGCAUGUACAUUACCCACAAUGCAACUGGGCCACCGGCAGUUGGGCUUAUCAAUCAGGUCAAAACUGUGAUGAUCAAUCAGGUCAAACGGACAGUGACACUGUUGCCCGUCGGCUGAUGGCGAACCCCGCCACUAACAGUUAAAACUACACAGAGGAAUAAUACGAGCGUGUAAAAACGUUAAACGGCGAGUUUAAAUAGAAUUGAAACGUGGUUUGGUUUCGUGAACUCUUCCCAGACAGUAAGACUUCGCCAUCUGCUGCUGACAGAAAGUGAUCAGAAAGGGAUUUGAUGAUUAGCUGCUGCUAUCUGUUUUAUCAAUGAGCCACAGAAAACGUUCGCUGAGUCUUGAGUGAAGACUGACGUGGACCAACAGGCUGUAAAGACCGAGUCCAGCCCUGAAGCAGAACUCUUCAACGUCACAUCGGGUUUUCACUGGCAGCUAUUUAUUGACUAGUGUUGAUUUUAUUUUUUUUUGAGCCUCAGACCUGCUGAAAACCUCAUUUCAAAACGUGUCCUGAGUUUUUCUGCCCUGAGUUCAGACUGAAGGAAGAGGAAGACUUCAGGAGAGGACUUUCCAACACAUUUCAUUCCACACUGUUAAUAAUGUGAUGCUAAUAAAACCUCUUAAUACAA